CCCGCCCGUGCACUCCCUUUUCCGUGAAGGACCGGCCUUAAUCGAAACGCUGAAUGAACAAAUUGCCUAGGUUGUUCUUACUCUGCAGCUUAGAUACGGAGAAAAGGCUGGAGGGCGUUUGCUGUUCGGAAAGCUAAGAGUUGCUGUGUGUGUGUGUGUUUCCUUAUUUUCCGCUUUCCACCUUAAGAACGUCGUGGGACUCGACAGAAAGUUGGUUUUCUUCUCAUCUGGAGGGAGAAGGAGAGUUUCUCAGGGCGAGGGAAAAAAAAAAACGCGCCCACCGAUUUCAGGAAAUGAGUAAGUUAGAGAGCGAUCGCAGUAACGUUAGUUUGUCUUAGCUAAAAAGAAACAGGCGUGGAGGAUGCCCAGAGAAAGGAAAAGAGGACUCAGGCGGAGCUUCUGGCCGUCGAACAAUUUGGCAUGAGAAAAGACCGGGAAAGGGGGCGAGGGGACCGGUGUUAAGCGCUCAACGAAAUCGAAGGAGAAGUUUGUUGCGGGACGAAGAAAGGUUUUGCCAUGCCAGCGGGAAUCUUCCGAGUGUGCUUGGUGGUUAUCACAGCUAUUGUCAACCAUCCAUUCCUCUUCCCAAAGGAAAAUGUCACUGUCAUUGAGAACACACAGGAAGUCAUCCAGAAGAUGAAGGAACGAGAGGAGAUUCUGAGGCUAGAGCAGCUUAAACUGGAGCAGGAGAUUGAGAUGCAGGAAACAUCAACAAAGUCUCCAGAAAAGGCCACAGAACCAGAAAAGCAAUACAGCCAUGAUCCCCUCUCUUGGAAUUUCUGGACUGCAUUGUCCAUGGUGGUCUUCCUUCUGAUUGAGUUCUGGAGGCAAGACUACCAGGAAGGGAACUGGCCAGAUUAUGUCAAUGAGGAAGAUGACAUUUCCAUUCUGGGAAAAGCAUUCAAGGGAGUCGUCCUGCCAGACAAGGUCACAUUGGCCCAUUUCUAUGAAAGAUGUCUCCAGACCAUGACCAGUGAUAUUGCCAGGAAUCGUGAGCUUGUAGAAGGAUUUGCAGAUGACUUACUGGAAGCCUUGAGGAGUGUGUGCAACCGGGAUGCAGACAUGGAAGUGGAAGAAUCCAUAGGAGUUGGAAGUAUGUAUGAAAACUGGAGAGCUCACAAGCCCUUAACAUGUGACUUCAUUGUCCCUUUUACUCCUCCAGAACCUUAUUGUUUCCAUUUUGAGACCUGGUGUUCAGGGGACUCUGUCCAACCAGAUAAACAAGGUUAUGGUAUGAUAAAGGUCAGCUGGACAGACGAGAACUCAACUGGCUGUAUCUGUGACAAGACUAAGCUAGGGGAAGACCUGCUGUGUCUCCUUCACAGCAGAAUGAGCCAAGCAAGGCAGAACCACCAGGUAGAAGAUCUUCUUUGCUAUAAAGACACUCAAUACCUUGAUUCUGACCAGGUUAUGACAUGGUUUCAGGUUGCACUUACCAAGGCAUGGAACAAGAUUUCACACAAGUAUGAGUUCAACCUCACUUUUAACCUCCUGGAUGCUCCUGGUGCCCUAAAAAUCAAGUUCAGGUCUGGAAAGACCAUUGCCUUCAACCUCACUCCUGUGGUACAAUAUGCUGAUUCUGAUGUAUAUUUUAUCUCCCAUUUUCCUUACAGUAGCUUGUCAGAAGGCUCCACAAGCAGCAUUCACUGGUUUCUUACAUUUGCAGUAUAUGAGAAAAGAUACAUCCAGUUUAUUUCCAAAAUUCUGCCAGCUAACGCCUGCCACCUCAGCUGCCUCCAGAUUCUGUCCUUCCUUCAUGGAAAACAGUGCAGUCUAACAGGUACAAGUAACCUGACAAACUAUCACUUGAAAACUGUGAUGCUGCAUAUGCUGCAAUCUCAUCCCAGUGCAGACUGGGCUUCAGGAUACCUGGAGGCCAGGCUGCAAGACAUGCUCAAAUUUUUGGAGAAAAGCCUGCAAGAAAAGAGGCUUUACCACUUUUUCAUUGGAAACAGGAACCUGCCGGAGGAACUGGGCAUCCCUGUGGAGUUCCAAAAGGUGGAACCCCUGAACCUCUUCCGUCCCUUUGUACUCCAACGAAGUGCCUACAGAAAAACUAUGGACAUGUUUCAUGAGAUGCUAAAGAACACAUCAGCUUUAAUAAAUGAGUAUACCACGCAUGUUCCCAAUGGGCGGGCAACCCCACCAAAUAAGGAACCGCUGUAGCCAUCUCUUUCAGAAUUAGGGCAUGAAAAGAAUUCCCUGUGGAAGAAAUUUGAUAUAUGCUCUGGAUUCUACAAAUGGGCAUCUUAAGAUUGGCAGAAUGGAGAUAUUUUUCUCAUUUUCUUUCCAAUGUUAUUGGCUGAUAUUUAUGCAGCUUUUUAAUGUUUCUAGCCACUGAAUGAUUUUUUUGUUGUAAAUAAUAUAAACAAGGGAAAGACAGCUAAUUUAUUCCUAUGUGAACAUUACAGUUCUUGGAACUUGGUAGAAUCUGUAGUAACUUUUUUGGUUUAAGUUGCACAUCAUAAUUUUGCAGAAGUUCCUCAUUUACAAGGGCAAGUAGUUCUAAUGGAAGAAAUACAGUUUGAAAACAAGCAAUGGGGCUGUUUAGGGCUGUAUUUUGAAGAGUAGUUAAAGAAUUUCCCCUCAGUGAAUUUUACAUCAUCCUUAGCUACUGUAAUAGAUUGAAAAAAGAAUGUCAUUUCAGUUCCUGCACUUGUUUAACAAGACAAUCCUGUACGUGUCUGUUCAGAAUUCUCAUUGAGUUCAGUGCAGUUUACUCAGUGGGUUUAUGACUGCAGCUUAAAUAGGCAAACUGCUUACAUGGAUUUAGAACUGGUUUGUGACCAGUGAAAUACAUUCAUGGCCAGGACUAUAUAGAAAUCAUUCCAAAAGCUAUACAAUGAUGCACAGUAUAGCAAGGUCUUGAACAUAUCCUUUCUAUACCUCAUCAAAAGCUACUUCAGUCAAGACUGACACCAGCAAAAUAUUUUUUUUUUCAGGGUUCAUUCCAAUAAUGUUGUAUGCUAAUGCUUCUUUUAUAAAACUAGCUGGGGCAAAAAGAAAUCUUUGGCAUCAGACUUACAUGGCAAAAUAUUUCUGAGAAUUCUUUUUAUGUAUUUAUAUAUUAAAAAACCCAAGCCAUUCAAUAUCCUGGUGCCAGGCAGCUGUGUUUAUGAUGCACUGAACAAACUGUGGUUUAUUUUUUGUGGGUGUCGGGGGCAAAUCUCAGUAGUAAACAGUUUUUCUUAACCGAGCUGACAGUGACACAGUUCAGACUCAAACAGCCCACCAUGAGUUGCUUUAAACCCUGGUGUGUGCUUCCUGACAUUCUGUACAUUCACUUCCUAACUGGGGAUUGUUCUGCCCUCUGAAUCUGGCCACAGUGGGUUCUAUGAGGGUUAAACAACCCCUAUAUACCUCAUGGUCUCUUGUAGUUCUCAAGAUGGAAUAUAACAAUGUAUAAAAAACUAUGCACUGUUUACAGAUAGGGAAGUUUUAAUGUCUAUCCACUAUCUACUUUCCAUGUACCAUGCCUAACUCUGUCGUAAUACUAGAAUCCAGGGACUUCUCAUGAAGCUAAAUUGUGGGAGAUUCUGGACACAUUAAAGAAGUGCUUCACACAGCAUGGUUAAAUUAUGGAAUUUGCUACCAUAACAUGUAAUGAUAACCACCAAUUUGGAUAAUUGCUGAUCCAGCAGGAUUCUGCCUAUGUUCUUAAAUGUAGUAAGUGUUUAAAGGAACUGUACCUGUAUCCAAAAUACAGAUAUCUAGAACUCAGUCAUUUCAUGUAUGCAAAGCAAGUCAAACAGAAUGCAAAGAAAAAUACACUAAAGAAUUCUAAACCCAUUUAGUAAAGUUAAAUUCGAACCAGCUUGCCCACAUAUCUCUUGCCCAUUAGCUGCACUAUAAAUAGCUAUAGCUAUUUGUUCACUCUGUAAAACAUAAAUGCCUCUGUGUUAUCUAGCAAAACUUAGCGUGUGUGAAAGCUGAGCAAGUCCUGUCUCCAGCAGAAAGUAGUGCUAAAAUAUCAAAUCAGAUGUACUUCCUCUUGGCCCACACUGUGAAUGACUGAAGAAAACUGUUUCUAUAAUAUAAGAACCUUAAGGUGAAGAUGGAAAAAACAGUUAAAACCGUCCUCUGCCAUUUUUUUUUUUUUUUAAAGACCAAGGCUGUGGAAAAUUGGUUUUGCACAAAUGACUAGAAAUCCUAAGAGGCUAUAAAAAGAGGUGUCAGACAUCUCACUGGAAUACCUUCCUCCAGAGAAGCAUUCUUUUUGCAGGCAACUUCUGCACUGCACUCAAAGUUUUAAUGUUUCUUCCAUUCUUAUUAACAUGCCAUAUAAUUGACUCCUUGUAAAAUACUGGCUCCAGUUAAUAGGCCUAUUAAACAACCCAUUGCAACUUCAGUUAUUUUAUUUAAGUAAUUACAUGGUUGAAGUGGAAAAUACCUAUCUUCUUUCCUAGUCAGCACUAUUUCUAGUUUUGUUACAGUCUCAAAACAAGUCUCUCAGAGGAGAAACAAAUCCAAAUGUUUAUGGCAUAUUUAAAAAACCCCUUUGAAGUUGUGGAUUUUCAAAUAGCGUUUUCAGAGAAGUUGCAAUCUCCAUCAAGGGCAUCAUCAAGCACCCAUGAGAUAUUUUAUUAAACAGUAGCUUUGGUAUUCUACAAAUAUUUCAAAAACACUCUAACAUUUGAAUGUAUGAUCAGGCAGUGAGAUGUUAAUAGCACUGGCCUAUGCAUGUAUACUCAAAAGUACAUCCCACUGUUCCGAGGCCAAGCUGCAUUUAUUAAAACACACAAGUGCGAUCCAGCAAGUAAUCAAGGUGGACAAUGAAUUCCAAAUAUUUCUUUCUACAUUGUCUGUAUAAUACAUGUACUGCAGCAAAGACCACCACUGAAGGAACAAUCCAGUGGCUACUGAGAAGCUGACCAAAGGGCCACUGGAGGCUGCAACCUUUCCGCUCUGCCAAUGAGAAAAAUUGCUCCUGGAUAAUAGUGCAGCUUUCCACCAUAGUGACUAUGUUACCCACGAUGGGGUAGCAAAUGGGACAACUUGGAGGCAUAGCAGGACUGGCUUGAGUAUCGGGAAGCUUCCUUAUUACUGCAGAGGAACCUAGGAAGCUGCCUUCUACAGAGUCAGACCCUUGCUUCAGCUAGCUUACUGUGGCUGACACCAAUAGCAGUCACUGAAUUUUUCAGCACAGCAUGGGACUGGGAUGCCAAGGACAGAACUAUGUGCUCUUCCACUGAGCUACAGCCCCUAAUCAAGCCUCAUAUUAUUUUCCUUUCUACGUAGCCAUUUCAUACUCAUUGGAACAAUAAAGGAGACUAGCCAACAACUAACUGGUAAAUUACAGGGUGGUAUAUUCCAUCUAUUUCUGUCACAGCAGCAUAUGUGAUGGGAAGCUAGCAAACUGUUCUAGAAACACACUGAAAACUGCUCACAAGCAGUAUUUCCUCUGUACAACACUGAUGCAUGGGACGCCAAAAUGGAGUGGCUUGAUCCAGGGAUAUUGUUUUUCUGUGCAGAAGCCUCUGAUACUUCUCCCAAUAAAAAUCUUGAGAAACACACACUGCUCUCC